UCUGUGCUAAGUUCCUGAUAUCAAGAGCAAUCUUGAAUCUUCAACGAGGAUGGAACUUCGCAACUCAGAUAUCAAAAGUUUCAUGACCAGAGAGCUUCGAUCACUCUUAGUCUUGGUUCUCUCCCUAGCCAUUUCCUUCACGGCUUCAGCAUCGUCUCAGGGCAUCGAUUUCAGCUUCCAGACUUUCGACGAUAGUGUCAUUCGACGCCAAGGUGAUGCGACGCCCAAUCGGAAUGGCGCCAUCCAACUGACGGUAGCCAAUCUAGGAGAGAACCACGACUGGAGCGAGGGAUGGGCCACAUACCACAAGCCGAUGCGCCUUUGGGAUAAAGCCACCGGGAACGUGGCGGAUUUCAGCACCCAAUUCACCUUCGUCAUCGAUUCGUUAGGAAAGUCAAUAUUUGCUGACGGAAUGACCUUCUUUCUUGUCCCCGAAGGAGCUCAACUCCCAGUUAACUCGUCGGGACUCUACCUUGCUCUUGUAAGUCCGAACUGCAGCCCUGCCAACUCUUCUACUUCGUUUGUAGCCGUCGAGUUCGACCCUCACAUCAACAACUCCGAUGGUGUUAUGGACCCGAAUUGUUCACAUGUUGGUAUAGACUUGAAUAAUCUAACUUCCACGGUCUCCUGCUGCGUCGACUGGUUCAGGGAUAAAAUCAUGAGUGGUGGGCGGAUCAACGCUACGAUAACAUACAAUUCUAGCACGCAAAAUUUGAGUGUUCUCAUGAUAGAUGCUGAUGCUAUGGGUGCCGACAUAAAUUCCUCCGUUAUUUAUGAUAUAGUUGACAUGACAAAGUAUUUGCCGGAGUGGGUGACUUUUGGUUUCUCGGCUACAACGGGUACACUUUUCGAGUUGCACACUCUUGCCGCAUGGGAAUUCAGCUCUAAUGUGCAAGUGGCUGGAAAAAAGAGCAAGUUAUGGCUAUGGGCUGUCUUAGGCUUAGGUUCUUUCAUUUUGCUCAUUCUCAUUGUAGCCUUUAUUUGGUUUCGUCACCGUUCGAAGAGAAAGAGAACUUACACGAGUGGAGAAGAAGAUGAUCCGGCGAUCGAAGAAGAAUUCGAGCAAGUGUCGGGGCCCAAGAAAUUCUCCUACAAGGACUUGGUCGCUGCAACCGAUAACUUCGCAAUCGAGCGAUUGCUUGGGGAAGGUGGCUUUGGGAGAGUGUACGAAGGUUACUUGACCAGCAUGAAUGCUAGUGUUGCAAUCAAGAAGAUUAGCUCAGGGUCAAGACAAGGGAUAAAAGAGUACGCCACCGAAGUGAAGACCAUAAGCCGGCUCCGACAUAGAAAUUUAGUUCAACUCAUCGGAUGGUGUCAUGAGAAAAAAGAACUCCUCCUUAUCUAUGAGUUCAUGUCUAAUAGUAGUCUCGAUUCUCAUCUAUUCAAAGAACGAACCUUCUUGCCAUGGGAGAAGCAGUACAAAAUCGCGCAAGGCAUAGCCUCGGCAUUACUCUACCUCCAUGAAGAAUGGGAACAAUGCGUCGUGCACCGGGAUAUAAAGUCUAGCAAUAUCAUGCUCGAUUCCGAUUUCAAUGCUAAAUUAGGGGACUUCGGUUUGGCUAGGCUAGUUGAUCAUGCCAAAGGGUUACAAACGACGGUGUUGGCCGGAACCAUGGGCUAUAUAGCUCCUAAAUGCGUUUAUACGGGCAAGGCAAGUAGGGAAUCAGAUGUCUAUAGCUUUGGAGUUGUCCUCUUGGAAAUAGCUUGUGGAAGAAAAGUUAUCGAACCAAGGGCCGAGGAAGGCCAAGUUCGGCUAGUAGAUUGGGUUUGGGAGCUGUAUGGAACUGGGAGGAUACUUGAUGCGGCAGAGUCGAAACUUGGUACUGAUUUCGAUGAAAAGCAACUGGAAUACUUGAUGGUUGUAGGGUUGUGGUGUGCUCAUCCAGACCACAUUGCCCGUCCUUCCAUAAAAGAAGCAUUUAGCGUUCUCAACUAUAAUGCUCCACCGCCCGUUCUCCCAUCGAAAUUGCCAGUUCCAUUCUCUCAAGCAUCAAUUGUUUCGUCCCAUGCCACCUCGACCAGCGGCACCGAAGUAUCCACAUUUACAACCUCUUCUAUACAAUCCUCUCAUUCAGAUUCCUCAGCAUUGCUCCCAAAUACAAUAUAGUCCACUUUAUUCAAUAAUCAGUUUGAAUUGUAAAUUGUAGAUCGUAAUUUGAGAUUUGAUUUUGGGUAUUAUCCACUUCAUAUAAAUUUCUUCAUAUGUACCUCGGAAUUAACCCUUCAUGUUUAGACUUCCAUUUGAUCUCCA